AUGAUAUUCUCACUUAAUUGUUUGAUUUCGGGACAAACUUCUGAUGAUAUUUUCAAUGUGCCUAUUGGCGAUUUUUUCCUCAAAGAAAAUAUCAAGGUCAAAUUUACUGAUAUGACCGUUGCAAACUUAAAACAACUUCUUUCUCGCACAGAUGAAGGUAUAGGAGCUAAAAUAACCAAUAUGAAUCUUUGGAAAGUCGAACUCAAGGCUUAUGAAGCUGAUAACCUUUCUGCAAAAGAUAUUGAAAGUCAUGAAAGGAGCGAGAAGAUGGUUACUACGUCGAACCUCGAUGAAUAUUUUAACAAUAACGAAGACAAAAAUCCUAAAAAGGGGUACCUUCAUGUCUUCAUAGUCCCCACCGCCUCUGGUAAAAGAGACCUGGAUGAUUCGGACGACAGAAAAAUAAAAAGACACCGCACUUUCGCGCCUUCCAACAGGGUGCAAGAUGAUAUUAACUACUUCAUUCAACCUAAAGAAGCUGUUGAAAGGUUGGGAAAUUUUCUUCGUGAUGGCAAGUUCUGUCUCUUAUGUGGGCACCGGCAGAGUGGCAAGACAACUACUGCUUAUGCAAUAGAAGAAUGGCUCUUAACCAAUUGCGAAAAAGAUGUUUACGCCAUGAACUUAAACAACGGGAUUGUGAUUAAUGAUGGACCUGAGAAAUUCUGGUGGUCUAUGUGCUGUCAAUUAGAAUCCUUAGACGAGAACCGGUUCUCUUUGGAUAAGCGUAAGGAAUCAUCGCUUAGCACAUUUGUGGGAUUCUUUUCAAAACCCAAUCAUCCCAAUGCAAAGGAAUGCAUUCUUAUAGUAGAUGAAGCUUCAUAUAUUGGUGGAAAUGAUGGCGACAAAACUAUUAUUCAAAGCUUCAUUGGAGCAUUGCGAACUCUAAAAGAUGGACGUCGUAAUCAGUUCGGCUUGUAUUCUGUCUUACUCGUCGGCACCGAGCUUAUUAAGGAGUUCCUGAAAAAUCAUCAACGAGCUGGUUCUGGAUCGAUUCUUUCGCCUUUUUCAUCUGAGACAUGCUUGACAUCAACCAGGUUUACUCGAGCAGAGAUCCAGGAGCUUCUUCAUCAGUAUAGUGAGGGCAACAGAAACCUUAAAUUAGAUGAAAAUGGAAUUUCUGAGGAAAUUUACUUACUCACUCAUGGGCACAAGGGUCUCGUUGGUUCAUGUUGCUCUUAUAUUGAGUGCAAAAUGAUGGUGGGCAGGUGCAAAUUAACACGUGAUGACUGGAAUCUGGAGAGUUAUAAUCUAAUUAAUUAUAUAUGGAACAAAGCAACAUAUGAAUCCAUCAUUAAAGCUCUCCCUAAUCUAUCGGAGAAUCAAAGAAACAUCCUUGGGCAUGUCCUUCUCUAUAGAACUCAUGUAGGAUCUGAGAAUGAUCCUGAUGUGAGAUUCCUCCUUGCAGAGGGAAUGGUUAUUGUUGAACAAAAUCUGACCCAAGAAGAAGUUUUACUUGCAUGUGCUGCACCUAUUCUUCGUAAUAUCUUAAUUUACAAAAUAUCUACGCCUGAUAUCUCACUAUCCGUGAGAGUACCAGACUCAAAAACAAUUGACCCCAAAUGGUUGUUGGAACGUACUAAUGAGAAAGUCCUUAAUAAAACCACCGGUGAGCCAUCUGAGUAUGCGUUCCAAACAGUUUUCAUACGCAUUUUAAAGCAACUACUUGCUCAAUCCUAUCCGAACAAUUUAUACCGUGUCCUUCUUGAGGUAAAAGAAUAUGAUAAUAAUGAUUCAGGUGAUCCUCGUCUGCGUUUGGAUAUUCUUCUUAAGGAUGGCUUUCCAAAUCCUGCUUAUGGGUAUAAACUCGUCGUCACAGCAACCAAAAAAGUGUUUGAUGAUCAUGUCAAACGUGCCAAACAUUAUUCAAAACUUCAUAAAUGCUCCUCCAUGUAUUUGGUCCAUCUCUGUAAUAUUGAAAAUGAUAAAUUGAGUGACUACUUUGGACAAGAAUGCUCUGAUAUUACACCCGUUCAUGUAAUUUAUGAUAAAAAUAAUGGGACGGCGAAAUUAAUAUAUAAGAAUGACAGCACAGACAUAUUUAUCAAGAGUUUUGAAUGGCAAGUAAUUUGGGGAAUAAAUAGAUGAAUUGCAUGGAAAGCGCGUGAAUGAUCAGAAAAUAGUGUAUUAUGAUAACUAAAGUCAUUUUCUUUAAUUUGACGGGAUUCAGUCUUGUUUAUAAUUUUAUUUGAAGC